AUGAAGCAACGAAAUUCUUGUGACCAUAUUUGUCGUCAAAUUGCAUCUUUGGAUAUCGCUUCGUAUAUUACAUCAACUGGUCUUUGCGCCUUGUUAUUAGCUUGGCCAUUACAGGAGACAUCAGAACGUAUGAGAAUACUGAAAACACGUAUAGAAAAUGACCUCACCAAAUUAGAUGAAAAAUCAUUGGCAAAAAUAAUGAUAAUUCGUGGACAAAUUGAACGGAUAUUAAAUGCUUGUAAAAAUGACAUGAUAAAAUCUGAAAGCAGCUAA